AUGGAGGUCACUCAGGUUUUCAUCAAACUCUUCAACGGCAACACCGCUGUGUUAGACAUCGACAACAAUGAAACCGUAGCCGAUGUAAAGGACAGAAUUGCCAAACUAUACGCACUCGAACAAUGUGCCCAAUCGCUAUGGGCCGGACUCCAUGAGGCCGAAGACGAUGUGCUAGUCAACGAACUCAUCACAGAAGGAACCACUAUCGAACUUGUACAGCACAUCGAUGUAUGUGGUGGUGGUAAAAAACGUAAGAAGAAACAACAUACCACACCAAAGAAAAUCAAACACAAGAAGAAGAAAGUCAAGCUAUCUGUACUCAAAUACUACAAAGUAGAAGGUGACAAGGUAGUCAGGCUACUUAAAGAAUGUCCCGCAAACACUUGUGGACGCGGAGUAUUCAUGGCCUCACACCACGACCGCACUUACUGCGGUAGAUGUGGAAUGACCGUCGCACUUAACGCUGCUUGA